AUGUAUCAGGCUCAGUUAAAUUCUCAAUGUGAAACACAUCCUAAUCUAUGGGCGUGGAUAAAUUAUAUUAAGGGGUCAGAAGAGUCUGUAAUGGUACGAUAUGAACAAGAACAACGUCAACAAAGAAGUACAUGCCUCAGAAAGGCAAGAUCAAUACAUAAUGAUGAUAUAUUGAUUGCUCCCCAACAAAAUUAUAUGUCUGGUCAUAUAGAUCUAGAGGAUUUACAGAAAUUGUUAAGGGCAUUAAGUCAUCGUUACAGUAAAGUGUUCGAGAAUUCAAAAGACGAUGAUGAAUAUGAACUAAAACAAUGA